AUGGGACCUGAGAAGGAGGUCACGCUGAGGGAUGGUGCGAAGCUGAGUCCUGCUGGCUUUCGGUAUCUUGUCGAAGCACGGCUGAAGUUGUCCUUGCUUAUGGCAAGGGGUGCCGGGCGGCUUCCCGCCCCGCCCGCGCCCGCCCGCCGCGCCCUGGCCCGCACCCCUCGGCGGCGGGAGGGGGAGGCCCCGCGCGUCCCCCGGUCCCGCGCGCCCCCCGCCGGCCUCCGGUUCGGGGCGCACCGCCCUCCGCCUCCGUCUCCGCCCCCAGGACUGGCGGCCGCCAGCUUCCCGAGCGCUGCUUCCCCGGCCAGCGGCGCGAUGGGCUGCGGGAACUCCACCGCCACCAGCGCGGGCGCCGGCCGAGGCCCUGCAGGAGCAGCUAAAGAUGUAACAGAAGAAUCUAUAACGGAAGAUGACAAGAGGAGAAACUAUGGAGGGGUAUAUGUAGGUCUACCAUCUGAAGCUGUCAAUAUGGUAUCCAAUCAAACAAAGACUGUACGAAAAAAUUAAAAGAAAAUAUCGUGACUCCAUAAUCAAGAGCUUGCUCAUUAAGAUUUGGAAGGAAUUGCACUCCAUGGGCCGUCAUGACGUGCACAGAAAUUUCUAAGGAAAUUCUAACUAGUCGCCCGCUCCGCCUCCCCUCCCCACCCAAAUUCUCAAGUCUGUAGUUGAAACCAUGGGUACAUGUUGAAUGUUGUGGUACUAGAAAGGAAUCAGGUAGACAAUACACGGGUAUAUGGAACUUUCUGGGGUCCUGCUGAGAAAGACCAGUGGACAAACCGCUAGUGUCUGGAGCCAGCCUGCUGUAUCUGGCGGCAUUUUCUUCCUGGCCAUUCAACACAGCUCAUGAAAAUCAUGUCUUUUCACUGAUACUUUUUUGAUAGUUUUUAUAUAAUGAAAUCUGUAUUCUAUUUAUAACUUCAGCUAAGAAAGCACUAUAAAUGAACUCCCUAAAGUAAUAUAUUUGUGGGUUACUUUUCACUAUUUCUACGUUACAUUAAUUUUUAGCUGUAAAAUGGUUAAAUUGAUUCUUACUGUUCUCUGUUUCCCUUUUUUACUUUUUGGUUUUCAGCUUUCUGUAAGUGUCAGAGAAUGUCUUCUCUUAGGAACAAUGUAUGACCUUUCAAUGUUGAAAAAUAAGCCCCCAAAAUUUGCAUGCCCUACGCACGUUUUGAUUAACUUUCCAUUUUCUUUGGUCGAAGGCUGAUGUCACCACAAAUCCUUUGCAGUCAUUGAUUCUCUCAUUCUCCUUUGUGGGAACCCAGCAUCCCAUCAUGUUAAUCCUAUACUAUUUUCAAGGACUUGUGACUGAUGGUUAAGGGUAUUUGGAAAGCUCUUAAUUUGAGGAUGACCACGUGUAGCCAUUUAGUACUGCAAUGUAGAUUACUCAAUUUACCAAUAUAUUUCAACAAUUAAAACAUUUUUAUCCCUCUUUA